AUGUCGAUCGUGAGGCCCAACAGUGUGUUCGACCCCUUCUCCAUCGACCUCUGGACCGAUCCCUUCGACACCUUCCGCUCCAUCAUCCCGGCAGUCUCCGGCAACAGCGAGGCGGCCGCUUUCGCCAACGCCCGCAUGGACUGGAAGGAGACACAGGAGGCGCACGUCUUCAAGGCGGAUCUCCCUGGCGUGAAGAAAGAGGAGGUCAAAGUAGAGGUCGAGGACGGCAACGUGCUCGUCGUCAGCGGCGAGCGCACCAGGGACAAGGAGGACAAGAAUGACAAGUGGCACCGCAUCGAGCGCAGCAGCGGCAAGUUCGUCAGGCGCUUCCGGCUGCCGGAGAACGCCAAGGUGAACGAGGUGAAGGCCGGGCUGGAGAACGGCGUCCUCACCGUCACCGUGCCAAAAGCAGAGGUUAAGAAGCCCGAGGCGAAGGCAAUUGAGAUCUCCGGCUAA